AUGGCUGGCUUGUUCUCGCUGUUUCGGAGCCGCGAUGGUUCCAAGAAGUCCAAAAAGAAUGGAAAUCUUGAUGAUGCAGCAAACCAAAAAGCCGUAAAAAAAUGGGACGAUGCGUCGGCACGCAAAUCUGUCGAACCCGAAGAGAUCCAAGAAUUGAUUCGACGAUGCACAGAGGAGCUCAAGAGUCGAGCUCUGGACUUGCCGUUCCUCCUCCUGCCUUUUAGGCCGGCAUCCGAUCCCAGCGCUGUCCGUACUUUUAUUCGUCAUUUCUUUGAUCAGAACAUGCGCGGCGAGGUCCUCGCCCAGGAGCUUCGCAUGACAGAGCCUAUGGUUAUUUCGGGAAUCGUGAAAUGGUGCUGGAGCAGGCUACCGGGUGGCGUUGUUGGCUGGGAUGCCUACGAACUAUUCAAAGUUGGCGAGCAAGAUUCCAAUCUGGCCCGCGAUUCCUUCAAGACGUUUAUUCCCCUUAGUGUCGACAAUGGCGCCAAAUCCUGCAUCAUAUUCGACCUUUUCGAUCUCAUGUCGGCUAUUGCCGCUCACGGCAAGAUGAAUGGCUUCGGUGGACGAAAGUUGUCUCGGCUAGCUGCAUGGUGGACCUUUGAGCACAAGGAUACCGGCAAAGGAUUCGAGGGAGGCUACAACGCCUGGCUCAGUGCUGCCGACGCUACAAGUCACCUAUUUUUCGCCUAUCUUCGAUCGCUCUCUCCUACGACGCCUCAGGCCGGAAUCACCAUGCUCCCAAUGUCGUUGCAGAAGCUCCUCCAGGAGACCGAAUACCCACCUCAGCGCCCAUCGCUCAUGCAGACGACGACGAACAAGGUCCUCAUGCACGUUGACACGGUCUCGCCGACUCCUUUUGCGCUCUUACGCCGAGCUAAUCACUUCCAAUACCGCAACGAGGAUAAGGGCCUUAGCGAGUACGCGGAGUAUGAGGAUCCCGUACGGGCCUUGACCGAGGAAUGCCGCAGAGUCCUCAAGGCGAUCUCUUCGGCAAACCAGUCUCAGGUCUCUAGCUCCAAGCACUCCACCAGCUUACGCGACGCUUCGUGGUCGAGGUUCGAGGAUAUUGGGUUCUCUAGCCCCUUGGAGGAAGAGGAUGAAGAUGACACAGAUGGUAUUACUCGGAAGCUUCCCGCUCUGAGAUCUACCCCAGCAUCAGAGGGCGGACUGGGACGGCCCACUACGCCGUCCUGGGCCGAUUUCCUGUCCAGUGGUUUCGUUGACGACGGUCCGGCGAGCCCGACGAAUACUCUGCUUCCGCCUGACAAGGUCCUCCCGCCCAUCGAAACCGCGAUACGCCAGCGUAGCUCCCAGUCCCACCGACCGAGAUUGGAGUCUGAUCGGCACCUCGAGCCGGGCGAGCUCGCUAGCAUCACGAAAUUUGAUUUGGACGAUGCCUUCUGGUGGGUUUGGAUGAGCAGUCUAGCUCCGGAGGAGACCCCCGAAAGAAAGGCGGCGUUCGGUCGAUGCGCGGUCAUCGAGACGAACAUCAGAUCGGCCAGGUGGUUGGUCAUGGAGGAGAUGGUAGUCGGCGCGGCUCCUGAGCCCGCGGCCGGGGCAUACAUCGCCGAAAAGAAGAGGGGCUUCUUUAGCUGGACACGACGCGGAAAGGCCCUUAGCCGCAGGAAGUCGACCGGAAAGCAGGCGCUCGACCAUGGUGAUAAACGCCUCAAUCAGAGCCACCCCGGGCUGAGCAAGACGAGCAUCGGCCCCGACCAGCAUGCCCGUAUCCAGGCUGCCGCCGCGCAGCUACAGGCCAAGGAGAAACAGUCAGCCCUGCAGGUUCCGGAGCGCCGAGGCAGGACAGACAUCGAAGCUUCCCAAGAGAAAACCUCAAGCAUGAUGACUUUGCAGCCGGCUAUUGUCAGCGAGGCCUCUCAAGCGAUGAAGUGGGCUAGCAAGUAUGACAAGGAGUCCACCCGGAACGCCUAUCUCGCAGAUCCCAGCGCAGGUCGUGGCGUUGAGAGAUCCCCCUCAAGGCAGAAUGGACACACUGGUACAAACGGCGCCGCGCCAGCCUCUCACCAAAUCACCCCGGUGACUCCCAAGUCGCCCGAGCGGGGACUCUCAGAGAAGGCCCUCGAGGCACCCUUGGAUGUUCAUCCCGCUGAGCGAGCCGGAGCCAGCUCACCAAUUCCCCCGCACAAGGAGGCUGUCCCCGCGUCUGCGCCGGUACCCGUCCCCGAAAGUAAGCCAUCCCUCGAAAGCAGCCCAGAGAGCAAGAAGCACAAGAAGCUCCAAAAGGACAAAGCCCCCGUUGCUCCCGUUGCUCCUGCUGCAGCCCCAGCCCCUGGCUUUAGGAAGCUCUUUGGAAGGAAAAACCGCUCAUCCAAGAUCCCGGAUAAUGCCCCUGCGGAGCUGAACGGCAUGCUCGAGCGGGACAGGGCGGCUCCUUCGCCUGUUCCUGGUGCAUCGUCUCCCUUGGCGGCGGCGGCUACCUCGUCGUCGGCAGCUGUCCCCAAACCAGUCGAGAAGCCCGCCCAUGUGGCCGCCCCCGCCCCCGCUCCUAUUCCUGCUCCUGUUCAGAAGCAGCCCGAGCCCGUCAAGGCGGCUCAGAAGUCGGUUGAGCCCCCUCGCCCGGAGCCGACCUACCCCCGCUCGAUUAGCGAGACCUCGGAGCCCAACGCUGCCGAUAUCGCCGAUGCCAAGAAGGAAUUUUCUCGGUUCGAUCAGGGCCCCCUCGUUGACCAGCCGGCAUUCGUGCCCGACGAUAGCGACUCGGACGACGCCGUCCCGCCCCCGAUUGCCCGGCAUGCUCGGUCACCUUCUCCAGCCGUGGCCCCUGUCCCCGAUCCAUCGAUUGAAGACCUAAGCAAGGUCCAAGUCCCGCCCGCUAUUGACCGAUGGGCCCAGAUCCGCAAGAAUGCAGCUGAGCGUGCAGCGCAGCGAAGCACGGCCCCUGCGCCAAAGCAUGACCCCGAGGAUGACACUAGUGGUGAAGAGACUAUCGAGUCUCGUGUCGCCCGUAUCAAGGCUCGCGUUGCUGAGCUUACGGGCAACAUGGAAGGCGUCAGUGGGCCCGAAAGCCGAGACGCUCCUGGUCCGCGCUAUUAG